GACACCAUUGGAAGGUCCUGGGCAGAGAAAAUGGCUCACAUGAUCCCAUGAGAGCUGCGCCGCUGCUCCUGUGCAGCGCCCGCGCCUUCGCAUCCUUCGCAUUACGCGGCAGCGGGAGGCCAGAUGCUCCCAGGAUCGCCUGGUCCUUUUGGGACAAGGGCGCAGAUCGUUUGCCAGACUUCCGGCGGCUUUGCGUGGAGACCUGGGCCGCGCAGAACCCCACCUGGCGGAUCGCGAUCCUGGACCAGGAGAACGUCUUCGAGUACCUGGCGGCCUCUGAUCUGCCGAGGCUCUGGAAGGAGAUGUACGUUCCAUGGCAAGCUGACGCCGUGCGCCUGGCGCUGUUGGCCAAGUACGGGGGCUUAUGGAUCGAUGCCUCAACCAUUUGCUUCCAGCCCUUCGAGGGCUGGUUUUACGGCCCCAUCCUGGCGGAGGAUCGGCCGGAAGACCUCGCAGCUUUCUAUUUCUCCGCCUGGGGAUGCGAGAUGCACAAAAGCAAGGAGUUUGUGGAGAAUUGGGUGAUGGCCGCCAGAGCCGAGCACCCGCUGAUGAUCGCAUGGCACGCGCUCUUCAACGGGUAUUGGAACAGCAAGUCCAGGGCUGACGCUCUGUCCAUGUUCCUGGACCCGCCUGGCGUGCCUGAGCACCCGCUCUUUCGAGAUGUAGACCUGAGCCACUUGAACCGCUUCGGCCAGGACUUGCGGAACUACUUGCUGAUGCAUGCGGCAUUCAAGAAGAUGAUUGACCAAUACCCGGAGUUCCGGCGCAUUUGGCAAGAGGAGAUGGUCCUGAUCCGCGCGGAUGACACCGCCUUCUGGCAUAUGGAGGAGCCAGAUGUGCACUGGGACCCAGCAGCGGGGGUGCGCAAGUGGCGCGGCUCCGCGGACAGUGCCUGGCUCGCCUACGUGCACAAGUCCUGCCCGGUGCUGAAGUUCACCCGGGACACCGCCCAGCUUCUAGAUCAGCUGCCGCGCGCUGGGUGCCUCCAGGCGGGCACAUGCCUCGGGGAGGCCUUCAAGAUUGCUUUGCAGGCAGGCGAGGGGAGGAAGGGCGAGCCAUUGGGGGAGACUUAA